AUGUCAUCCUCAGCUACAACGCCACUUUUGGAUCACAUAGUCAUCCUCGUACCUCACUCCUUCCUCACGUCCCCACCAGAAUGGUUCGCCAACCUCUUCACCUUUUACCCGGGCGGACGCCACGCUGGCGGCCUGAGCGACAAUGCGCUGGUGCUGUUUGCCGACGGGUCGUACAUUGAGUUCUUUGCCUUUGUACCCGGCAUCGACCCAGUCCAGCGGGAACAGCACAGGUGGGGUAAGCAAAAGGAGGGCACCGUCAUCGACUGGGCAUUGACUCUUCCCGGCAGCGCUGGCGAGGGUCUGGGCGAGCUUGGGAAAAGUUUCAAGACUAUACAGACGGCCGUGAAAGAAUCACACACUGGGAUAUCUUACAGUGAUUUGACACCAGGAGGACGAGACCGUCCAGAUGGGGUAGAGCUGAAAUGGGCAAUCUCUUCCGCGCAAGAGGGCCAAGAUGGCAGCAAGAAAAACUUGGAACCAGGGCUUCUCCCCUUUUGGUGCCUUGAUGAUACCAAGCGCGAGCUCCGGGUGCCGUACAAGCAGGAUCAAGUGGUCAAGCAUCCGACCGGUGCCGUUGGUGUGUCUUUGGUGUCGGUCACUCCUACCGGAGGGGCCCAGGCCGAGAGGCUGGACAAGGUCUACAAUGCCCUUCUGAGUGGCGAAACUUCUGAGGAUGAUUCAAUUUGGGACUUGGCGACGUUGGAAGGCGAAAAGAUUCACACGGGCGGCCAAGUUCGGCUCGAGCCUGCCCGAGAUGUGAAACGUGUAUCCAUAGCCCUAUUCACCGAAUUGAAGGAGCUUGAAGGCAAGAAGGUGGGCGGAAAUGUUGACGACAACAUCAAGUUAGAAUUCGAGCUAGUGGCUGCAAAGUAA